AUGCAGGGCCAGGUUGAAGAGCUUCAGCCGGGGCGGAGGCCAUGGGAGAAUCCAGAGAGAGUGAUUCGCAUUAAGCCCACUGUGACCCUGCAGCCAUCCUGGACUCAGAUAUACAGCGGUGAGACAGUCACUGUCAGAUGUGAGAUUCAGGGAGGUGAAGGAGCUCAGUGGACGUAUGAAUGGAGACCAGACAAGUUAAACACACCUCCAACAUCCAAUGAAUACAGAAUCAUCACAGCUACUGAGUCUGACAGUGGAGGAUACAGCUGCCGGGGCAGAAGGGACUAUUUGGUAACAGAGUGGAGUGAUACCAUCACACUGACUGUAUCAUAUAAACCAAAGGUCAGACUUGGUGCUGAUAGGACAGCUGUUCCAGUAGGGGGCAGUGUGACCCUGACCUGCUCUGUGAGCCCAUCAUCAUCAUCAUCAUCUUCUGGAUGGAAAUACUACUUCUGCAGAGGAGGAAGAGGAGAACCAGUUUACUACACAGAGGACAGUGAGUCAGUCAGGAUUGACACAACUGUGUCAAACAGGCCUGUUGUGACUCUGUAUCCAAACUGGUCUGAGAUAUACAGAGGAGAGACGAUCACUGUCAGAUGUGAGAUCCAUGGAGGAGACACUGAGUGGGAUUAUGAGUGGGAAACAAACAGCAUCAUAAAACCUCCAAAUCAAACUGAAUACAGGAUUAGAUCUGCUUCAUCAUCCAACAGUGGAAACUAUCGCUGUAAGGGCAGAAUGAAAAGUUCACAGCAUAACACAACAGAGUGGAGUGAUUCAGUCACACUGACAGUUUCUGACAAUAAACCCCGUCCUGUCCUCACUGUGUCUCCAUCAUGGCUGAGUCCUGGAGCCUCAGUAACUCUGAACUGUGAGGUUGAACAUCCGUCUGCAGGAUGGAGCUUCUACUGGUAUAAAGCUGUUCCUGAUCUAUCAGAGAAAUCCUCCAGUUAUGAGCUGCUACCUGAUGGCAGUGGGACUGCACAGGACUCCUACAUCAUUCAUGGACAGACACACACAGCAGGAUAUGUGUGCAGAGCUGGAAGAGGAGACCCAGAGUAUCACACUGAUCACAGUCCACCAAAGUUUGUCUGGUCUGCAGGUCUUAGUCUCAUGUGA